ACUACUGUCAACACCACCCACUGUCAAAAAAAACAUAAAAAAACUACCUAUCUAAUGUUUUGAUUGAAUCAAUUCUAUUGUCUCCGUUCGACGAAUGAUUUGCACUUAUUUAUUUGUCUCAUAUUUUGUGUAAUAGACAAUAAAUAUUCAAGAUGUUUCAGUUUGGAUUCAAUAUGUUUCACGAAAUUACAAGACCAUUCAACAUGACAUAUAGAUGUUUUUCUGUCUCUAUGUUGCCUGGAAACGAAAGGCAAGACGUUGAAAGAGGUGGAAAAAUAAUCAUGCCUCCAUCAGCUCUAGAACAGCUUACUCGACUUAAUAUAGAGUAUCCAAUGAUCUUUAAAUUGACUAAUAAAAAAACAAAAAGAAUUACACACUGUGGUGUAUUGGAGUUUGUAGCUGACGAGGGUAAAGUCUAUCUACCGCACUGGAUGAUGGCAAAUUUAGUAUUAGAAGAAGGAGCUCUGAUUCAGAUUGAGAGUGUUUCAUUACCUGUUGCCACAUUUUCAAAGUUUCAGCCACUUUCAGAAGACUUCUUAGACAUAACUAAUCCUAAAGCAGUAUUGGAGAAUUGCCUCCGAAACUUUUCAUGUCUAACAACUGGAGAUGUAAUUGCAAUAAAAUAUAAUUCAAAAGUGUAUGAGUUGUGUGUAUUGGAAACAAAACCUGGCAAUGCUGUUAUCAUCAUUGAAUGUGAUAUGAAUGUGGAGUUUGCACCACCAGUUGGUUACAAAGAGGAAGAGCAUAUAUCAAGAGGCGGUGAAGGUGGUGCAGGCGCAGAUGGUAUGGAUGAGGACCCUGCAUCCAUGAUGCCAGAACCCAGUGGUUUCAUAGUAUUUGGCGGCGAAGGGAACCGAUUGGACGGUAAAAAGAAGAAAUUGAUAAGUGAGAGUGACUCAGAUCAACAACCUUCACAAUCUAGACAGGCAUAUGUACGCGGUAUCCCAGACUACGACUACGUAAUCGGCACAUUGAAGUUCAUUAGAAACUCACGACCACCUAGCGCUAAAGAAGAGGCGCCGUCAGAACCUUUCCAAGCAUUUAAGGGUGAAGGUUUCACUCUACGCACCACUAAGCCUAAGAACUGAGUAGAUAUUUCUCAAUUAAAUUUUUUUAUAUAAAUGUGAAAUUAAUGUAUUUCUUUUUAAAACAAUUAAGAUAGGUAAGGAGAUGUUUAGUGUAAACACCUCAAUAAUAAAUGUAUCAUAUAAUUUAUAGCAUGCAAUUUAUUUUAAUCUUUUAAAUUGUUAAAUUUUGAAACAGUACUAUGAAUAUGACAGAAUAGACUAUGACGCCCAUGUCACCCCUCAUGCAUUGUCAUUCUUAAGGACCUCCACAUAAAUAUGUGUCAGAAAAUUGUUACGGAACAAAUCUUUUGCAAAAGAAUUAAUCGAAUAGAAUUUAUAAUUCAUGCUAAUUUUAUUACAGAAUGUGUCAUAGUUGUUAUAAGUAUGUAAUAAUGUAGUAUUACAUACUUAUAACAACUAUGAUUCCACUUCUUAAAAUACCUGCUCUUAUUGUUAUUGUUUCAACAUUUUCCUUUUUUUUUAAGUAUGUUUAUACAGAAUUCAAUGGUUUCCAGUACAAAUAUGGAUGAAGUCAGGUUAGUUGGCUUAUCGUGAUGAAUUUCACAAGAAAUAACUAUGAUGAUUUAUAAGAGGUACUGCAAGCAAAUUUCCUUGAUAGGGUAUAUUACUAAUAAUGGUAGUAAUGGGACUGUUUGAACCCAUUAUCAACAAAAAUGUUUCCCCCGACAAUGUGAAGCCUGUAUGAGGAUGAGGCGUAGCCAAGGCAUGCAGGUGAGAAGGUAGAAAUAAAUUAUCAAGCUGAGGGUGUGAUACUAUGCUAUCAUAGUGGCAAUGUAUUCCACAGAUAUUUCAUUUUAUAUUUAAUGGUCUGUGGUAUUUUUGAUAUAUUCUCAUAAAUUUGACCAAUGCGUCGUGUCAUAUUUUGUCGUUUAUUAAAGCUUGUGCAGACGAAGGACAGUACGUAAUAGAAAAAAAAAAAACACUUGUCUAAACUACAUAAUAGCACAUAAAUGUAUUGCUUAAUGUUAGUCUAUAGUUGCAUAGUACAAUUCAAUAUAUGCAGAGAAUUGUCUAUUAUAUAUAAAGGUCUAGAAUUAAUAUAUAAAAUGUUACCUUUUAUGGUGUUUAGACACAAAAAGAUAAUAUUUUUGUGAGAGAAUUUCUCGAUCAUUGUUACAGUCUUUUAUUAUUAUAAAAGCAGAACAUGUUAUUUUGCAUUUUUAGUUGUUUUGAUUACCAGACCAAGUUUUUUAGAAAUCUGUGACUGCAGUUAUUCUUUUUUAAUAAACAAAGAAAAUCUCCCUCCA